AUGUCCAAAACCACCAGCCUCGCCCUUCUCGCCCUCGGCGCCGGCAGCGGCGCCGCCGUAACCGCCGCCGCCCUCCACGCCUUCCGCUCCGACAGCAAGCCCUACACGAGCCUAAACCCUCCUCGACCGCGCCGACGACCCUCGCCCCCGCACAAUCCCCGUCGCCAUCCCCGCGACCCAAAUCUUCGCGCCCCCGUCCACCGCCGGCGCGCCUCCUCCCCGUCGGCGCGCCUCCCGCCCCCGUCAACCCAGCCGGCGUCUUCGACACAUCACCCCGGCCUCCUCGCCAUCCGCGACGGCGACCGCCGCGGCAGCACGUUUCUCGAGGACGACUCCAUCCCCACAAAGUUCCGCGCCCUGCUCAAGGACUACUUCCGCAGCGGCUACGACCGCGGCCACCAGAUGCCCGCCGCCGACGCCAAGUGGUCCCAAAAGGCCAUGGACGAGACCUUUUACCUCAGCAACAUGUGCCCCCAGGUCGGCGAGGGCUUCAACAGGGACUACUGGGCCCACUUUGAGGACUUUUGCCGCAGGCUCACGGGCCGGUACCCUCCGUCCGCAUCCGUCGCCGUCCCUACCCACUUCUACAAGGUCAUCUUCGCCGAGGACGGCCGCGCCGGCGGCAACGUCGCCAUCGGCGCCUUUGUCAUGCCCAACGCCCCCAUCCCCAACUCCAAGCCCCUGACCGAUUUCGAGGUGCCCCUCGAGGCUAUUGAGCGGGCGAGCGGCCUCGAAUUCGCCGAGAAGCUGCCUCUUCAGAGGAGGAGGCGCUUGUGCGCCGAGGGCGACUGCGCCAUCAUCGUGAGGGAAUUCGCCGACAAGAAGAAGGCUCUUCCCGCCCCAAAGAGGUGA